AUGUCUUCAUCAAACAAUCAAAAAUAAAUUAAACGGAGGAACAAAAGUUAUAUUCAUAUUACAAAUCAUCAAAUAACUGAAUAAUGUAAAUAAAGAAGAAAAAGUUGCAGUUGUUUGUAAUGUGGAUAACUUAGCUCUCUAUAAUUUAAGUUUAUGAAUUUAUAAUCAUAAAUUUUACAUUUUUCAACAAAUUAACAUAAGAAAUAUUAGAGUAUUGAAUCAACAUAUAUAGAUUCUCAAGAUACCAUUAUUGCAAAUAAUUAAAUUCAUAAAAGAAACACUAAAACAAUACAAAUCAAAUAACAUAAUUCUAAAAACAAUAAUAUUAGUCUUAUAUAAACUAAUUCAAACAAUUUCUAUCAAAAAUAAAGAUCAAAUAGCUGUUAUUGUGAUGAAUGUGGAAAUAUUACAAAAUUUUAAUCAUAAGCAAAGUUAAUUUAUACCUAAUAAAUAAUUAAAUCCAGACAUACUAAUUUUAGAAUUAAAAGAAAUCUAGAUUAAAUGUUUAAAGGAAUUAGUCCAAUAGAAAGAAAAUAAGAAUAAGAAAUUGAAGAAGAUGAAAAUAAUCCACUCUAACCUAAUCAAAUUACAUCAUUUAGAAGAUCAUUUAUAAUAAACAAUACACCUAAUAAAUAAAUCUAAAAGGUUUAAUAAACAAGUGGAAGAAAGAUAUUCCUUAGAGAUGCUUGUAAGACUACUUUCUUCUUGAAAACUAAUUCAAACAGCAGAGAAUUUACAAUGAAAUCUGAAAGCAACAGUCCAAAUAUAGCAAAUAAAAAAUUAAAUCUUCCUAUUGUUAAAUCAUCAUAUAGUAAGAACAGAUAAGUAUCAAAUGAAGUUCAACUUUUUAAAUUUACUCCUAAAUUAAAUAGUAUUAAUCUAAUAUCUUGA